AAUUAUAUGGAAUGAAUCAAAGGAUGGGAAAGUUAAUGGACUUAAAUCGCUUCGACAACACUUUCUUCGGACUAAUGGAUGACUUGAUGUUAGGAAUGAAACCACACGAGAGAAUGGCAUUGGAAACGACAUACGAGGCCAUUAUGGACGCAGGUGAGACCCCCGCCGAAAGACGGGAGUCAGACCCUGAUUUCGGGAGAUUCCCGGGCAACCGGAAGCUUCUGGCAACACUAGGCCCUGGGCAUUCCUUGACUAGACAUACUACAAUUUCUCUCUCCCUCCCCCUCUCAUACACUGUAGGUAUAAGUCCGGAGAAAUUGCGGGGCAGUCGACGGGUUGGGGUAUAUGUCGGCACUACUGUCUACUCAAACAUCGAGAGUCUGCUCGAAGAGAUACAGCCGGACGUUAUGCCAACGAUGGAAGUGCUAUCAAUGAUGAACUCCAUUACAAUCAACACUAUGGCGGCCAACCGACUAUCCUAUGUGUUUGACUUCAGGGGCCCGUCGAUGACCAUCGACACCGCCUGCUCGGCCUCUCUCAGCGCGCUCAAUGUGGCCCUCAAUGACAUCAAACUGGGUAAUAUCGAUUACGCGGUGGUCGCCGGCAUUCACACAACACUACAACCGCUGGCCAUUCAGAUCGGACAGAAGGGAGGCAUUCUCUCCCCGAGGGGUCAGUCCUGUCCUCUCGACGAGUCGGCCGAUGGCUUUGUGAAGGCAGAGGCCGUGUGUUGUGUACUCUUACAGCGCCGGCAGUCGGCCUGUCGUGUGUACGCCAGCGUCCGAUCGGCCGGUAUUAACAACGACGGCAAGAAGACUAUCGAGUACGCCAGCGUCCGAUCGGCCGGUAUUAACAACGACGGCAAGAAGACAAUCGGUAUGUUUUGCCCCUCCAGUGAGGCUCAGGAGGAGCUUAUGGUCGACACCUAUACCAAGGCUGGCAUCGAUCCCCUGGAGCUCACAUAUAUUGAGGCCCAUUUAACAGGCACUAAGGUGGGAGAUCCGGCUGAAGUGCUGGCCAUAUAUCGAGCCUAUUGUGAGCGCACGGGUCGGACACAACCCCUGCCGUUGGGAACCCUGAAGAGCAAUAUGGGUCACUCGGAGGGCGCUUCCGGUCUAACGUCACUCAUUAAAGUGAUGAUCGCUUUUGAAAAUGAAUGCAUUCCUCCGAACCUUAAUAUUAAGAAUCUUAAGCAAGAGAUCAGACAAUACUGUCCGCCAUUAUUGCCGGUCACACAAAAGCUUAAGUAUAAGCCGGGUUUGGCUGCAGUGAACAACUUUGGUAUCGGAGGAGUGAACGAUCACGUGAUCGUUGAGCCCAACCCACGGGUGCCGAGCGGUGACAGCCAUAGACUGUGCGAACCGAUGGCCCGA